GCGUACAUAGACAUGUCGGCGUCCCAGCAACCAAGCAGGCCCUACUUCCACAACGGUCAAGCGCUCUCAGCUCCCGCUUUCUUCUUUCUAGCNCCGCCGGCCACUGUACGCAUCCGCAACUUCCUCGAUAACGCCUAUGUCUUCCUCGGCCUCUACGUAACCACAUUCUUCUCCUUUGAUCCUGCUGCUGCGGCCGCUGCAUCGCCUUUCAACUCAAACAACAAGACACCCGGCCAACGGCCAGGUUGGGGCUUUGGAGGCAACAGCAGCAAUGGUGGUCGAGGUGGAGGUCCUCCUCCCGGUGGCCGCAAAGUCGGCCGAGUCGAUGAUGUGAGAGGGCCCGAGUGUAAAUCCUGCAAGUGA